UUUUGUAUUUAUAGAAUUAUUGCAGAGAUAGUAUGGAGAGUUCCCACAUAGCCCACACCCAGUUUUUCAGUUACUAUUUAUUUUUGAGACGGAGUCUUGCUCUGUCACCCAGGCUAGAGUGCAGUGGUGCAGUCUCUGCUCACUGCAACCUCUGCCUCCCAGGUUCAAGAGGUUCUCUUGCCUCAGCCUCCUGAAGCUGGGAUUACAGGUGUGGUCUCCACUAUUGUUAACACCUUACGUUAAUAUGGUACAUUUGUCACAAUGAGCCAUUAUUGAUAUAUUAUUAACUAGACUCCAUACUUUAGAUUUACUCAGUUUCCCCCUAAUGUCCUUUUCCCCUCAGAAUCCCAUCUCAUAAUCAUCCUGCCUCUUGGAUGUGAUGGUUUCUUAAACCUUCCCUGUUUCUGAUGACCUUAUAGUUUUGGGGAGUACUGGACAGGCAUAUGGUAGGGAAGCCCUUCUAUCAGGAUUUGUCUGAUAUUUCCUCAUGACUAGACUGGGGUUUUGGGUUUUGGAGAGGAAGACCAGAAGUCAGGUGCUAUUCUUGCCACAUCUCAAGGGCUCAUGCUGACUUUGAUCACCUGACUGAGGUAAGCUUUGCCAGGUGUCUCUGGACCCUUGGAAGAAAGUCACUUUGUGUAGUCCACAUUUAAGAAGUGGGGAAUUAUGUUCUACCUCCUUAAGGGCAGAAUAUUUACAGUUUAUUUGGAAUUCUCCUGCAUGGGAGAUGUGCCUGUUUUCCCUCAUUUAUUCAGUCAUCCAUUUAUAUCAGCAUGGACUCACAGGUAUUUAUUUUAUACUUUGGGAUAUGAUCUCAAACUACUUAAUAUUGUUGCCAAGCAACUCUUUGUUGCUGUGGCUUCACUGUACCACUUUUUAGACUAAAGGUGGACAAGGGGCAUGGGUGGGUAUGAAAGGUCUAAUUAUACCGAGUUGCCAACCUUGUUUUCCUUUCUGGAAGGAGAGUUGGGAAAACUCUCCCAACUCAUGGGCAAGAGGAGGCAGGUUAAAGAGCCCAGUUUGGGCCAAGUGUGGAGGCUUACACUUGUACUCCUGGCAUUUUAAGAGGCUGAGGUAGAAGGAUUGCUUGAGCCCAGGAGUUCAAGUACAGCCUGGGCAAGAUGGUGAGACCCUAUCUCUUGAGUAAGUAAAUAAAAUAAAUAGCCCUGUUUGACUGCCAGCCCCUCCUGCCUCAGUGUCAGCCUCAGCCUGCCCUAGGCAGCUGGGAGGCAGGCCUUCCAUGGGCAUGGGCUUGGCACUCCUCUGGGGGGAAGUGUUAAUCUCCUUUACCCAAAGAGGCUGAUCCCAUGAAUUCCAGUCUUUUCAUUUUAAAAGACAUGGUCUCGGCCGGGCGCGUUAGCUCACGCCUAUAAUCCCAGUACUUUGGGAGGCUGAGGCGGGUAGAUCACGAGGUCAAGAGAUCGAGACCAUCCUGGUCAACAAGGUGAAACCCCGUCUCUACUAAAAAUACAAAAAUUAGCUGGGCAUGGUGGUGCAUGCCUGUAGUCCCAGCUACUUGGGAGGCUGAGGCAGGAGAAUUGCUUGAACCCAGAAGGCAGAGGUUGUGGUGAGCCGAGAUCGUGCCAUUGCACUCCAGUCUGGGUAACAGCAGCGAAACUAAGUCUCAAAAAAAAAAAAAAAAAAAGACAUGGUCUCACUUUGUCACCAAAUGAGUGCAGUGCAGUGGUGUGAUCAUGGCUCACGGCAGCCUUGAUCUCCAAGGUCAAGCAGUCUUCCCAUCUCAGCCUCCCAAGUAAUGGACUACUGGUGUGUGCCACCAUGCCCAGCUAAUUAACUUUUUUUUUUUGAGAUGGAGUUUUGCUCUUGUUGCCCAGGCUGGAAUGCAAUGACAUAAUCUUGGCUCACAGCAACCUCCGCCUCCCGGGUUCAGGCAAUUCUCCUGCCUCGGCCUCCCCAAUAGUUGGGAUUACAGGCAUGCACCACCAUGCCCAGCUAACUUUUGUAUUUUUAGUAGAGACAGGGUUUCUCCAUGUUGAUCAGGCUCGUCUUGAACUCCCAACCUCAGGUGAUCCACCCACCUUGGCCUCCCAAAGUGCUGGGAUUACACAUGUGAGCCACUGUGCCCCACUGGAUCCCAGUCUUAAGGCUGAAUUGAGCAAGCGCUUUGAGAACUGUUCAGCUACCUGCUGAUUACAGCGGGGCCCUGUUCUAGCAGGCUUUCCUGCUACAAGACCAGGGCAAUAAGGGGCUAAUUCCCCUGCAUCCUGGUCCCUUCACAUUCCCAUUGGGUCUUCCUACCUGAACCUACCAUGCACUUCCUCCUCUCCCACCCUCUACUCCCUGCUAACUCCCCAUCUACACUGGAAUCUUCCUGCACCUAAACCCCCACAGCUGGGACUGGCAGCAUGCACCUGUAGUCCCAGCCACUUGGGAGGCUGAGGUGAGAGGAUCACUUGAGCCCAUAAGGUUGAGACCAGUCUGGGAAACAGGGAGAUCUCGUCUCUAAAAACAUACCUCCCCCGCCCAUGCCUUGGGCCUAUUCCCCAUUCUUGACACCCAUAAGCCCUGGUCCCCCUGCUCACAUCCUGGCUUCUGGUGUGUUUCACCACCCACAGGCUCUGAGUUCCCAGAAGGCAGGCUGGACAUCUGAUCACCUGCCCUGUUCCUUCCAGGUUGAAGUCAAGGCCUCCUUUUUCUGACCUCAGGACGCUAACGCUACAGACCAAGGGGACAGUAUAGUGGCAUCUUGGGACUGAGCUGUUAGGGUACCUUCAGGCCUGUGAGGCAAGAAGGCAGGGGAGAGGCUAGGCUGUGACUGUUAUGUGCCUCAGGGAGGAAGGGGACGCCCACCUGCCUUGGCCCCUCUUGGUCCCAACCAGCCUUGCCAGAUUCUCAACCCUGGGAACCCAGCUGUGGGUGCCCAGCCAGGCCGUUGGCGGGGCAAUUAACACACUGAAUUGAUGCCAACAGGGUUAAUCACGGCUGCAUUUAUAGAGGUGCCUUUCUCUGAGGAUUUCCAAACUUUUGCUCUGUAUGAUCUCAUUCCUCCUCUGGGAUCCCCCAACCUGGAAUGUCACCAAGAGACUUGAGACCAGGCAAAGAGUGAGUGAACAGUGAGCUAAGGGCAGUGCCAGAAAAAGCCCAGGCUACUGCCACCGACUUGAGCGGGCGGGUGGAUGGAUGAGUAUUUGCUCUGGCAGAGAAUAGGGACCUUCGUUCAAUGUGCCACACAUAAGAGGCCUGCCUGCCAUGAGCCAAGUGCUCCGAUUGUGCCAGAGCCUGCUCUGGAACCCACAUCCAGCAUGGCAAACGCACACAGCACGGAUAGGUGCUUUACAAUGUGUCCCCGUACUUUGAGAGUACAGACUGGGCAGUGGCUGGAACUGUAGGAGUUGGGCAACAGGUUGCCGAAGAGACCUCUCCCCAGAGCAGGUGACCUUAGGGGUAGACCCUGAGGACGGGGUCAAGGGAAUUCUGAGCUAAGGGAUUAGCCUGAUGGAAUGGUUGUGGGGAGCCGUGAUGAGGAUGCUACCCUAUGUGAGUGACAUGGGGCCACACCAGUAAUCACAGCAAUUCGAGAGGCUGACAUGGGAGGACUACUUGAGGCCAAGAUUUGGAGCCUUAUUUAAAAAAAAAAAUUAAAGGAAAGGAUAGGUAUUGAAAGUCAGCAGAAGGUUUUUGUUUGGAGACAGAGUCUUGCUCUGUCGUCCAGGCUGAAGUGCAGUGGCAGAAUCUUGGCCUUCUGGGUUCAAGUGAUUCUCCUGCCUCAGCCUCCAUAGUAGCUGGGACUACAGGCGCCUGCCACCACGCCUGGCUAAUUUUUGUAUUUUUCGUAGAGACGGGGUUUCUCUAUUUUGGCCAGGCUGGUCUUUAACUCCUGACCUUGUGAUCUGCCCACCUCUCAAAGUGCUAGGAUUAUAGGUGUGAGCCACUGCCUCUGGCCAGCAGUUGUUUUUGUUUUUUUUUAAAAGAUGGGGUUUCACCAUAUUGGUCAGGCUGGUCUCGAACUUCUGACCUCAGGUGAUCAACCCACCUCAGUGCUGGGAUUACAGGUGUGAGCCACCACGCCCGGCUGCCAGCAGUUUUUAAGCAAGGGAAUUAACCAUUUUAAAUCAUUCCUGCAUUGGAGUAGAAGGGAUAUGGCCAGAGGGAAAAACACCAGGUGAGAGGCUGAGUUGAUCCAGGUUUAAGGCAUUGAGGGGAUGAACUUGAGAUGGUGCCUGAAAAUGUGAGGCUGGGAGCUAGAACUUGCUUGUGUGAAGGGCUUUUUAGGGAGAGGAAGGAAUGAAAGAUCACUGGCAAGGUGCUGCUGCAGGGCCAGGAGGCAGGAUGGGCAGCAGGGGAAGGAGCCAGACCAGCCCUGCCUGCAGGCCACUGCGCACUGAGUGAGCUCAGGUGAGAAGAGUUUUUGAGGCAGUGCCCUCCCCUUCCCCAGCUUGGCAGGCACACCAGCUGGUGCGGUUUCACGGCCUCAUUCCUCCCCCUAGAGGCUCCUGGAAGCACAGCACUUUCUCCUAAGAGUGAACAGGUCUGUGGCUUGAACAUCUCAGGUCCAGUCCCAGAGUUUCCAGGUCAACCCCUUGGCUCUCCUCAGGCCAGCCAUGUGAGCCCCCUAAGCAGCUGGGUUAAAAAAAAAAAAUCAAGAAUGAUUGAAGGGGCCGGGCACUGUGACUCAUGCCUGUAAUGCCAGCAUUUUGGGAGGCUGAGGUAGGUGGACUGCCUGAGGUCAGGAGUUUGAGACCAGCCUGGCCAACAUGGCGAAACCUACUAUUAAAAAUACAAAAUCAGCUGGGCAUGGUGGCAUGUAAUCCCAGCUACUCGGGAGGCUGGGCAAGAGAAUCGCUUUAACCCCAGGAAGCAGAGGUUGCAGUGAGCCAAGAUCAUGCCACUGCACUCCAGCCUGGGUGACAUAUCGAGAAAAAAGAAUGAUUGAAGGCAGUUUCUAGAGACCAGUCUGUCCUGCUUGGAGAAUGGGGGAGGCUGCCACGUGGCUGCAACAGCUGGAGCCAAAAAAUGCACCAUCUUUUUUUUUUUUUUUUUUUUAAAGAGAUGGAGAGACCAGGCGUGGUGGCCUGUACUCCACCCUGGGUGACAGGGUGAGACUCCCCCUCAAAAAAAAGAGAGAUGCAGGUCUCACUUUGUUGCCCAGGAUGGCCUGAAAUUCCUAGGCUCAAGCAAUCCUCUGGCCUCAGCCUCCCAAAGUGUUAGAAUUACAGGCAUGAGCCACCAUUCUUGGCCCAAAGCACACCAUCUAUGUGGGGUCCUGACUCUGCCUCUCACAAACUGUGACCCUGAACCAGUAGAUUACUUUGUUAAGCCUUAGGUUCCUCAUCUGUAAAACAGAGAUAAGGGUUGGACAUGGUGUCUCAUGCCUAUAAUCUCAGCAUUUUGGGAGACUGAGGCGGGCGGAUUGCCUGAGCUCAGGAGUUUGAGAACAGCCUGGGCAACACAGGAGUUUGAGACCAGCCUGGGCAACAUGGGGAAACCCAGUCUCUACUAAAAUACAAAAACGUAGCCAGGCAUGGCAGCGUGUGCUUGUAGUCCCAGCUAAUUGGGAGGCUGAGGCAGAAUUGCUUGAACCUGAGAGGCGGAGUUGCAGUGAAUGGAGAUCACACCACUGCACUCCAGCCUGAGCUACAGAGUGAGACUCCAUCUCAAAAAAAAAAGAGAGAGAUAAGAUCACACAUCUCAGAGGUGUGUGUUUGUGAUAAUUUCAUUUAUAAUCUAAACCAACUUUAUUUUAUUUUUAGAGACAGCCUCGCUCUGUCGCCAGGCUGAAGUGCAGUGGGCAUGAUCUCGGCUCCCUGGUUCAAGUGAUUCUCCUGCCUCAGCCUCCCGAUUAGCUGUGAUUACAGACACUCCCCACCACACCCAGCUAAUUUUUGUAUUUUUAGUAGAGAUGGGGUUUCUCCAUGUUGGCCAGGCUGGUCUCAAACUCCUCACCUCAGGUGAUCCACCCGCCUUGGCCUCCCAAAGUGCUCAAACUAAGUUUAUUGAUUACUGCAUGGGCUGGGAAGUAUGGUCCCCUGGGUGAAAAUGGAUAUGAAUGUGAUUUAAACACUGUGAAACUCUGUACAUAUGUACAGAGUUAUUACAGAGUUAUUGCUGUUACUGCAGAUGCUGGGAAGAGCUGCUCACCUAUUCAGGAACUAUCUUGACCUUGCCUUACCUCCUGUGCUGAGGUCAGCCCUAUCUUCUCCACGUGGGCCAGUGGUGGGUGGCUCCUGCCCUCCAGCCAACAUCAGAGAGGAUGGAGGCACCUUGUCUUCCAGCCCUGCCCAUUUUCAUGACUGACCUUCUCAAACACCCUGGACCUUGCCAACCCGAGAUGCUCACUUUAGAGACAAGGGAGGAUGCAGAUACUGGGGUUCAGAGGUGGCCUCAGCUGAGGGUCUGCUGACCAACCAGAGGGUAUCAUCAGGGGCAGGGGCUGGUCCUCGACCUGGGCUGGGGGUUGGGCCAGCACCAAGAUCAUGACUCUGAGCAAACUGUGUUUACCAGAGCAGCAAACAACCUAUUUAUAGCCUCAGCUGCUGCUUUCUCUGGCUCACAGCAGAGGGGGCAGGGUGGCUCCUCAGAGCAAGGAAGGUAGUCGGGUCAAGGGAACCAGGCUUUGCCCAGGUGCCCCUGCCCAAACCCCUGGGCCUCACCCAUGGCAAGGGAGACCUUCCCCUUCACCUCCUCCACGCUGCGCUCUCUCCGCUUACAGCGGGAGUGGCUGGAAUGGGAAGACUGGCGGCAGGCAGCUGCCCAACAGUGCCGGAGAGAAAGGUGCCCAUCAAGUCCCCGGGCUCGACUCACUAGGCCUCACCGUUCCUGUGGAGACCCAGCUGUCCACCAUGCCCUGUUCCCCGGCAACCUGCAGCAGGUCCAAGGCCUGUUCCAAGAUGAAGAGGCUGCCAACAUGACUGUGGAGACCGUGAGCAACCAGCUGGCCUGGUCAGCUGAACAGGGGUUCUGGGUGCUGACCCCCAAGACAAAGCAGACGGCACCCCUCACCAUCGCUGCAGCCAGAGGCUACACAGAUUGUGCUCGUCACCUGAUUCGGCAGGGAGCUGAGCUGAAUGCCUGUGUUGGGGGUCGCACUGCCUUGCACGAAGCCUGUGCCCGGGCCCAGCUCGACUGUGUGCGGCUGCUGCUGACUUUUGGAGCCAAGGCUAAUGUGCUGUCCGAGGAGGGCACAACUCCCCUGCACCUCUGCGCAACUCCCGAGUCCUUGCAGUGCGCCAAGUUGCUGCUGGAAGCGGGAGCGACAGUGAACCUCGCGGCAGGGGAGAGCCAGGAGACGCCCCUGCACGUGGCGGCGGCGCGCGGCCUGGAGCAGCACGUGGCUCUGUACCUGGAGCAUGGCGCCGACUUGGGCCUAUGCACCAGCCAGGGCGAGACGGCGCUGAACGCAGCGUGCGCGGGGGCUGAGGGCCCCGGCAGCUGCAGGCAGCACCAGGCGGCGGCGUGCCGGCUCCUGGAGGCUGGAGCUGAUGCCCGGGCGGCUGGGCGCAAGCGCCACACGCCGCUGCACAACGCUUGUGCCAAUGGCUGCGGGGGCCUAGCCGAGCUGCUGCUGAGCCACGGGGCCGUCGCUGAGGUCCCCAAUGGGGCAGGCCACACACCCAUGGACUGUGCGCUGCAGGCCGUCCAGGAUGCCCCAAACUGGGAGCCUGAGGUCCUCUUCGCAGCACUGCUGGACUACGGGGCCCAGCCUGUGCGCCCUGAGAUGCUGAAAUACUGUGCCAACUUCCCUCGGGCCCUGGAAGUCCUGCUUAAUGCCUAUCCUUGUGUCCCAUCCUGUGAGACCUGGGUGGAGGCGGUGCUCCCAGAGCUGUGGAAGGAGCAUGAAGCCUUCUACAGCUCAGCCCUGUGCAUGGUGAAUCAACCAAGGCGGCUGCAGCACCUGGCCCAACUAGCUGUGCGUGCUCGGUUGGGAAGCCACUGCCGGCAGGGUGCCACCCGGCUGCCACUGCCCCCGCUCCUCAGGGACUACCUGCUGCUGCAUGUGGAGGGGUGCAUCCAGUGAGCCCCAUGUCAGGCUGUUCCCAUGGUGUGUUCUGCUGCUUCCACCUGUCCCCACCUCCAAUCCCAGAGGACCAGUCCCUGGCCCUCUUUUCUUUCUCUCUUUUUUUUUUUUUUUUUUUUUUUUUGAGAUGGAGUUUUGCUCUUGUUGCCCAGGCUGGAGUGCAAUGGUGUGGUCUUGACUCACUGCCACCUCCCGGGUUCAAGCGAUUCUCCUGCCUUAGCCUCCUGAGUAGCUGGGAUUACAGGCAUGCACCACCACACCUGGCUAAUUUUGUAUUUUCAGCAGAGACGGGGUUUCUCCAUGUUGGUCAGGCUGGUCUCAAAAUUCCGACCUCAGGUGAUCCACCCACCUCAGCCUCCCAAAGUGCUAGGAUUACAGGCUUGAACUACUGUGCCCAGCCCUUUUUUUUUUUUUUGAGACCAAGCAUCACCCUGUUGCCCAGGCUGGAGUACAGUGGUGCAAUCUUGGCUCAGUGCAACCUCCACCACCUGGGUUCAAGUGACUCUUGUGCCCCAGCCUCCUGAGUAUCGGGGACUAUAGGUGUGAGCCAUCACGCCUGACUAAUUUUUGUAUUUUUAGUAGAGAUGGGGUUUCACCAAGUUGGUCAGGCUGGUCUCUAACUGACCUCAGGUGAUCCACCUGCCUCAGCCUCCCAAAGUUCUGGGAUUACACGUGUGAGCCACUGUGCCCAGCCACUGGCCCUCUUUUCUGUACUCCAUAUGCUGUCCUGGGCCAGCUCCUUCCUCCAUGGGCUCCUUGAGACACUUUCUGACCUCUAUCUGGCCUGAGCUUUAGACCCUCUCGCCACCAGAAAGGGCCACAGACUUGGCCUUCACCUCCGUCCUCCUAUAAGUGGAUGGCUCCUCUAUCCAUCCAAGCCCCAUGCCAACAACCAGUGAUUCUAGUGGCCCAUCACCUCUCUCUCCUGCCUCCCUUAUACCUUUUCAGCCUCCUAAAGAGGGACAGAUUCCACCGGGCAUGGUGGCUCACGGCUCAUGCCUAUAAUCCUAGCACUUUGGGAGGCCGAGGCAGGCAGAUCACCUGAGGUCAGGAGUUUGAGACCUGCCUGAUCAACAUGGAAAAACCCCGCCUCUACUAAAAAUACAAAAUUAGCCAGGUGUGCUGGUGCAUGCCUGUAAUCCCAGCUACUCUGGAAGCUGAAGCAAGAGAAUCGCUUGAACCUGGGAGGCGGAGGUUGUGGUAAGCCGAGAUCAUGCCAUUGCACUCCAGCCUGGGCAACAGGAGCGAAACUAUGUCUCAAAAAAAAAAAAAAGAAAGAAAAAGAAAGAAAAGGGCCGGGCACGGUGGCUCAAGCCUGUAAUCCGAGCACUUUGGGAGGCCGAGGCAGGUGGAUCACGAAGUCAAGAGAUCAAUACCACCCUGGUCAACAUGGUGAAACCCCGUCUCUACUAAAAAUACAAAAAAUUAGCUGGGCAUGGUGGCGCGUGCCUGUAAUCCCAGCUACUCAGGAGGCUGAGGUAGGAGAAUUGCCUGAACCCAGGAGGCGGAGGUUGCGGUGAGCCAAGAUCAUGCCAUUGCACUCCAGCCGGGGUAACAAGAGCGAAACUCCGUCUCAAAAAAAAAACAGGGGCAAACUCUGCCUCUGUGUGUACUGCCUUGCCUGCCCUGCCUUUGUCACUCCAAGGGAGGUCUUAAGACCCAUGCCCUGAAUUGGUGCUGGAAUGGUCUUUGGGAGUCAAACUGAUGAUGCCCGCCAGUGGCUCCUCUCACACUAAAAUAAAAACUCAAUAAAACAGAGCCUCUAGCCUCUGCCAAAUUACCUGGCCUCCUGAUUUCCCUUCUUCCUUCCGAAGUUCCCAUACAGCCUUAGUAAACGAAUCACCAGUUGCUGGAUGUGAUCUGCUCCUCUCUCUGCUUUCAAGUAUUUGCAUGCAUUAUUCCCACUGCUUGGAAAAAUCUUCCACGUUUUUUGGCCUGGUCAAGGCUGAUUUGGGCCCCAGGACUCAGUUCCAAUACCACUAUCUCUGCAGAGACUUCCUUGUACUUUUUUUUAAAAUUAAUUUAUUUAUUUUUUAAAAGAUGGGGUUUCGGCCAGGCGCGGUGGCUCACACCUGUAAUCCCAGCACUUUGGGAGGCCGAGGCGGGUGGAUCACGAGGUCAAGACAUCGAGACCAUCCUGGUCAACGUGGUGAAACCCCGUCUCUACUAAAAAUACAAAAAAUUAGCUGGGCAUGGUGGUGCGUGCCUGUAAUCCCAGCUACUUGGGAGGCUAAGGCAGGAGAAUUGCCUGAAUCCAGGAGGUGGAGGUUGCGGUGAGCUGAGAUCGCGCCAUUGCACUCCAGCCUGGGUAACAAGAGCGAAACUCCGUCUCAAAAAAAAAAAAGAUGGGGUUUCACCAUGAAACCAGGCUAGUCUUGAACUCCUGACCUCAGAUGAUCCACCCGCCUUGGCCUCCCAAAGUGCUAGGAUUACAAGCGUGAGCCACCUCACCUGACUUUUUUUUUUUUUUUUUUGAGACUGAGUCUUGCUCUGUUGCCCAGGCUGGAGUGCAGUGAUGAAAUCUUGGCUCACUGCAACCUCCACUUCCUGGGUUCAAGCAGUUCUCUUGCCUCAGCCUCCUGAGUAGCUGGGACUACAGACACACGCUGCCAUGCCUGGCUAAAUUUUUGUAUUUUUUUAGUGGAGAUGGGAUUUCACCAUGUUGCCCAGGCUGGUUUCCAACUCCCGAGCUCAGGCAAUCUACUCACCUCAGCCUCCCAAAGUGCUGGGAUUACAGGCGUGAGCCACCAUGCCCGGCCUCUUUGGUACUUAUUUAAGUGCCUGUGUCUGUCUCAACUAGGCUGAGACUGGAACUGUAUUCCUUGGACAAGUAUUUUAAUAAAUGACUGCGGAAGGAGAAAUAUCCAUGAGCCUGGGAUCCAUCUAAGUCUCCUUCUGUCCCCAAGUGAUGAAUAGUGUUUUAAACAGUGGUUACCACAUAUGGUCUCUGAGGGCCCAGCCACCAACUGCCUAGACUCCCAGCUUCUUCCUCUUGUCCCAGAGUCAAAAGUACCACAGUAUAGUUAUUGGAAGAAACUUUUCAAAGCAAGCCAGUUUUUUGGUUUUUUUUUUUUUGAGACAGUCUCACUCUGUUACCAGGCACCAGGCUGGAGUGCACUGGCAUGAUCUCAGCUCACUGCAACCUCCACCUCCCGGGUUCAAGCAAUUCUUCUGCCUCAGCCUCCUGAGUAGCUGGAACUACAGGCAUACGCCACCAUGCCCAGCUAAUUUUUUGUAUUUUUUAGUAGAGAGGGGUUUCACCAUGUUGGCCUGGAUGGUCUCGAUCUCUUGACCUCGUGAUCCACCUGCCUCGGCUUCCCAAAGUGCUGGGAUUACAGGCGUGAGCCUCCUCGCCCAGCUGCAAGCCAGUUUUUAUGAGUGCAAAUAAAUAAUUAGUGCAUGGAAUGAAAUUAUGGAUGUUGUUUGGCUUAAAUAUGACUGAGGUCCCCAUCAUUCCAUGUUGAUUCCCCAAGCCCUGGUGCUCUUCUGUGGUUUCCAAGUUUUCUGAACUGAUCAACUAUUACAAAAACAGCACAAGGGCCACAUGCUAUGUAGUCCUAGCUACAACGGAGGCUGAAGCAGGAGGAUCACUGGACCCCAGGAGUUCAAAACCAGCCUGGGCAACAGAGUGAGACACUGUCCCUAAAACAAUUUUUUUUUUUUUAAGACAGGGCCUCUCUGUCGCCCAGGCUAAAGUGCAGUGGCACGAUCAUGGCUCUGCAGCCUCAACCUCCCACACUCAAGCAAUCCUUCCAACUCAGCCCCCUAAGUAGCUGGGACUACAGGCAUGCACCACCACGGGUCUCACUAUGUACUGAGGCUGGGGAAAAAAAAAAGGCCAGGCACGAUGGCUCACGCCUGUAAUCCCAGCACUUUGGGAGGUCAAGGAGGGCAGAUCGCUUGAGUCCAGGAGUUUGAGAUCAGCCUGGGCAACAUAGCAAGAUCCUGUCUCUAGAAAUUAAAAAAAAAGAAAAGACAAAACACUUAGCUGGGCGUGGUGGUGCACAUGAUGGUCCCAGCUACUCAGGAGGCUGAGGUGGGAGGAUCACUUGAGCCCAGGAAGCAGAGGUGGCAGAGAGCCCAGGUCACAGCAAGCUGAGAUUGUACCAGCCUGCAUUCCAGCCUGGGCAACAGAGUGAGACCCUGUCUCAAAAAAAUAAAUAAAUAAAAAUAAAAUAACAGAAUCACAAGACCCCUCAUAGACCCAGAGCCUUUAGUACUUAUCACAGGAGGGACCUGGGGAAGGGGUCCCAGUGGUCUUCUCCUUAGUCAGCAGUCUUUUUGCUGAGGGAUCCUGGGGUUUCCAGUCCCAUUACCAGCUUGAGUUACACAGUAGAGACAGGGAUCAGGAGUCCUGGGGUCUGCCUCCUGCAGCAGCUGCCCAACCCACCCUCCUCCAGAGAGAGUUGUUAUCUGUGGGAUUCCAUUUCAUCAACACAAAGACAGUUUUAUUUACCUCGUUAUGCAGAAUGCAACUCCCACUUUCUGGAUGGAAUUUGUGCUUUAGGGUUACAGAGCCAAGAGGCCUGACAGAAGAAAAGGAACUCCUCUCUAGUCCUGACCCAGGCUGGGAGCCUCACUCUCAGGGGUAAUGCUGAACUUUCCACCCCUUUACAAGCAGGCCGACCACAGCCAGCUCAGCCUUUUUUGAUAUAUAUACAAUAACAAAACAUACUGUUAAGAAGAAAAACAGCCAGGCACGGUGGCUCACGCCUGUAAUCCCAGCACUUUGGGAGACCGAGACAGGCAGAUCACCUGAGGUCGGCAGUUUAAGACCAGCCUGACCAACAGGAAGAAACCCUGUCUCUACUGAAAAUACAAAAAUUAGCCAGAUGUGGUGGUGCAUGCUUGUAAUCCCAGCUACUUGGGAGGCUGAGGCAGGAGAAUCGCUUGAACCUGGGAGACGGAGGUUGCAAUAAGCCAAGAUCAUGCCUUUGCACUCCAGCCUGGGCAACAAGAACGAAAUACUGUCUUAAAAAAAAAGAAAAACAAGGCCUAGUGUGGUGGCUGAUGCCUAUAAAGUGAUGCCUCCCACUUUGGGAGGCCAAGGCGGGUGGAUCACGAGGUCAAGAGAUCGAGAUCAUCCUGGUCAACAUGGUGAAACCCUGUCUCUACUAAAAAUACAAAAAAUUAGCUGGGCAUGGUGGCGUGUGCCUAUAAUCCCAGCUACUCAGGAGGCUGAGGCAGGAGAAUUGCCUGAACCCAGGAGGCAGAAUUUGUGGUGAGCCAAGAUAGAGCCAUUGCACUCCUGCCUGGGUAACAAGAGCGAAGCUCCAUCUCAAAAAAAAAAAAAAGUUAAAAUGGUAAAUUUUAUGUAUGUAUAGAUAUAAAUAUUAUUUUAUUUAUUUAUUUUUGAGAGAGAGAGUAUUGUUCUGUCACCAGGCUGGACGUGAUUUCGGCUCACUGCAACCUCUCCCUCCUGGGUUCAAGUGAUUCUCCUGCCUCAGCCUCCCAAGUAGCUGAGACUACAAGCACGCGCCACCAUGCCCAGCUAAUUAUUUUUUUAAAUAGAGACGGGAUUUUGCCAUAUUGGCCAGGCUACUUUCGAACUCCUGACCUCCAGUGAUGCACCUGCCUCGGUCUCCCAAAGUGCUGAGAUUACAGGCAUGAGCCACUGUGCCCGACCUUUUUAUUUAUUUAAUUAAUUUUAAUUUUUUUUUUUUUUUUUUUAAGAUUGGGUUUCACCAUGAUGGCCAUGCUGGUCUUGAACUCCUGACCUCAGGUGAUCCACCCACCUCAGCCUCCCAAAGUGCUACAAUUACAGGCGUGAGCCACCGUACCCGGCCUGGUAUUUAAUUUAUUUUUUAUUUUUUUUGAG